AUGGAGAACAAAUCCACACGAAAAUAUAAAAGUGAAGAAGGCACGCGCGCUACGCAAAAGUCGUUCCUGUCACCACCUGAGAAGGUGGUGACAAGGAAAGUGGCCAAGGAGCUGCUACUGACGUCGUCGCGUCAGGUUUCGGCAACCUCUACAAGACCAGCGGCGACGUCAGUAGCUCAAGCAACGACGUCGUCACCAACGGCAGCAACGACGUCGUCAUUAUUGGAAGCGACGACGCCGUAUCCGGUACCUGCAAGGACGACGCGACCAUCAGCGCGGACAACGAUGCCACCAGCGCGGGCGACGACGUCGUCGCAAGAGAAAUACCCGACGGCGCGAGAGAGACCGCAGGCACGGCCAAAUAAGCCAUGGCGAGGUGGAAUGAAUAAACGAAUCAAUCAGGCGGUGCAUCGUCUUCUACAGAAGGAGAGGCGCAAGGAGCAGCGCCAAAGCAAACGCAAAUAUGCCGGCGAUAUGUACGUACCACCAACAUACGUACCACCGGCAUACGCAAUGCCAAAUUAUAUGCCGGCACCUGGAUACAUGCCUGGAUCGGGAUACGUACCAGCAGUACCGUCCGCACCAGUAGGGUACAUACCCGCACCGGCGGGAUACGUGUCGGCACCGGCGGGAUACGUGUCGGUAUCGGCGGGAUACAUGCCAGCACCGACAGCAUAUGUGCCGCCGGCACCGACAGGAUAUGUCCCGGCACCAACAGGAUAUGUGCCUUCUGCAUAUAUGUAUAAACCUUUUUGA